GGCGGCGGCCACGCGUGUCCCAGCCCCGCCUCGCCCCGCCUUCAGCCUCCCCUCAGAGCGGCGGCGGCGGCGGCGGCUGAGGAGAAACCGCCGAUCCUUGGCCGCCAUGGCCGCGGUGACGAGGGGGACGGCGACGCGGCGCAGCCGGCUGAAGCGCUCGGAUGGCAGCACCACCUCCACCAGCUUCAUCCUGCGGCAGGGCUCAGCAGAUUCGUACACAAGCAGACCCUCAGACUCGGAUGUCUCUCUGGAAGAAGACAGGGAAGCAAUCCGCCAGGAAAGGGAGCAGCAGGCAGCUAUACAGCUUGAAAGGGCGAAGUCCAAACCAGUAGCGUUUGCUGUUAAGACUAAUGUGAGUUACUGUGGAGCACUGGAUGAAGAUGUUCCUGUCCCAAGCACUGCCAUCUCUUUUGACGCCAAGGACUUCCUACACAUUAAAGAGAAAUAUAAUAAUGACUGGUGGAUAGGAAGGCUGGUUAAGGAGGGCUGCGAGAUCGGCUUUAUUCCGAGCCCGCUUAGACUGGAGAACAUCCGCAUCCAACAGGAGCAGAAGAGAGGACGUUUCCAUGGAGGGAAAUCGAGUGGAAAUUCUUCUUCAAGCCUCGGAGAAAUGGUUUCUGGCACGUUUCGAGCCACUCCCACUUCCACAGCAAAACAGAAACAAAAAGUGACAGAACACGUUCCCCCGUAUGACGUAGUACCUUCCAUGAGACCUGUCGUCCUGGUGGGGCCAUCACUGAAAGGCUAUGAGGUGACAGACAUGAUGCAGAAAGCUCUCUUUGACUUCCUGAAGCACAGGUUUGAUGGGAGGAUAUCGAUAACGAGAGUGACAGCUGACAUCUCUCUGGCCAAGAGGUCGGUUCUCAAUAACCCCAGCAAGAGGGCAAUAAUUGAGCGGUCGAACACAAGGUCCAGUUUAGCUGAAGUACAGAGUGAAAUUGAAAGAAUCUUUGAGCUGGCGAGGUCCUUACAGCUGGUUGUCCUGGACGCGGACACUAUCAAUCACCCUGCACAACUAAUCAAGACAUCCUUAGCUCCAAUUAUCGUCCACGUUAAAGUGUCUUCUCCAAAGGUUUUGCAGCGACUGAUCAAAUCCAGAGGGAAGUCCCAGAGUAAACACCUGAACGUUCAGCUGGUGGCAGCUGAUAAACUUGCCCAGUGUCCACCCGAAAUGUUUGAUGUCAUUUUGGACGAGAAUCAGCUGGAAGAUGCCUGCGAGCACUUGGCGGAGUACCUGGAGGCCUACUGGCGGGCCACCCACACCACCAGUACCACCCCCAUGACCCCUCUCCUCGGGCGCAAUUUGGGAUCCACCGCCCUUUCCCCGUACCCGGCUGCCAUCUCUGGAUUGCAGAGCCAGCGUAUGAGGCACAGCAGCCACUCUACAGAGAACUCUCCCAUUGAGCGACGAAGUCUAAUGACCUCAGAUGAAAAUUAUCACAAUGAAAGGGCUCGGAAGAGCAGGAACCGCUUGUCUUCCAGUUCCCAACACAGCCGAGACCACUAUCCUCUAGUGGAAGAAGAAUACUCUGACUCCUACCAGGACACGUACAAACCCCAUAGGAACCGAGGAUCCCCCGGAGGAUACAGCCAUGAUUCACGACACAGGCUUUGAGUUCGAGAACCUGGGGAAAAAAGAAAAAAAAAAAUAGCAUUCAUCAGUUGAUAACUUGCCAUAACGUAGCUAGGAGAAAAAAAAAAUAAAAAAAAUAUAUCAUCUUAAUUUGGCAGAUGUAACGCAGUUAUACUGAGGUUGCACUCUGCUGUCACUUGAUGUUAAGUAGGGGGCAAAAAAAUAAGUUACCACGCCCUUACGUUUCUGCCCGAUCAUAUAGGUUGGUUUGGGGAUUUAUUUUAUUUAUUUUUAUUUUUUUUUUAGUACAGCAUUUGCAUUUAUAGCCAUACUUUUUCUUGUCGUUAGAUAUUAGACACAUCCGUUUGUAAUUUAGGGUACUUAUCAAGGCACUUAUAAAAUAAUUUCCUGUGCUGGAAAUUCCAAAUGACCAGUUCCAGUUGGAACCAAUUUAUAAACCAAUUCCUGUUGGAAUUUGGGUGAAUUGACUGGAAAGUCGACUUGAGCAUGUUGCAAUCAAUUGAAAAAAAAAAACAAAAACAAAAACAAAUGAAAAAUCUGAAAAUUACAAACCACUAGAAGCCAGAAAGUCAGCUACAGUAUUUGUUUGCUGGAAGCUCAAUUUACAUUGAAGGUUAGAAUAAAAGGAUUUAUUCUAACUAUUCAUUUCCAGAAUGGCUUUUUCAGACGAACCAAAUGUAAACUAUUGAGAGUGCCAAAUAUCUCAAAUUAUUGCAGCAGUUACAAAAUACUUUCCAGUUUGAAGUUAUUUUUAGACCUGGCAUGAAUGUUGCAGCAAAAUGAUUUCUUUAGUUUAGCCGGUACUGACAUUUUUGUUGCGGUCAGCAGUGAUGAACUGUGACAGGAUAAGGGGAAACAGAACCAGGAAAAUGAACAAACUUGAGAACAGUUUGUGUGGUUAGAGGUUGAGAAUAGUAUUUUUUGGUUUGGUUUUUUUUUUCCCUCUCGUUUACCUGAAUACAGCUAGUAGUCCCAAAAUGGAACAUUGAUGUAGAGAUACAUAAUUAUUUUUUUUUUCCUCCCAUUUUCAGUAUUCUGCCUUUUUAAAUGGAAAACAAUACACUCCUCUUCCCCAGUCCGUAGAGUACCUCCAUUCCAGUACAUCCGAGUACCUACCUGUAUGUUACAUCUUUCAAAAUCCACCUCUGAAUGUCUGAAAAUUCCAGCAUCGCACAAGAAACUCUCCAGAAGAACGUCAGGUUAAAUCCCAGAGAGGAAAUCUGAGGGAAAGGGGCGGGGUUCAAUAUUCCUAAACGACGAAUAUUUAGAAUACCAUAUUGGUCAGAAUUAGCUUGCAAUAAAAAUGGAGCAUCAGAAAAAAAAAAAAUAUCUGCUCCCAGUAAAGUCGUAGAGCAUUUGGAAAAAAAAUCUGCUCACGGUAAAGUGGUAGAGCUGACAUUUUUGAUUCCGAGAUCUAUGAUAAAUCUUUGUGGAGAUAUUGCUGCCUUACGUCCUAACAAUCCCUGCUUUUCACCUCCCGAGUCUUCAGUUUCUUUGAACAGAUAAAUUUAUGUGAUUGGACCUUCUGUCUUACAUGAUCAGUGAAGCCUUAGAUCCGAUGUGAUUGAAAAAUUUGACCAUAACUGACGGUUUUGUACAACCCACCCAUGUCUUUAAGCAGAGACUCCCAAAAUCCCCCACUGCCUGCGUGCUCUAAAAUGGACAGGACGACGCUGAACGUGCAGGUUUUUAUGCAGGUUCAUGUCCAAACCUAUUUCUUUCAGAAAUGAGGAUCAUAAACUUCUCAAUUUGCUUAUUCCCUUCCCCAAGCCUGCUAACAGGAGGCUGUAAAAGCAUGUAGCACUAAAUGAAUUUCCUGAAUAUUACGGUUUCUUCUACUUUCUGGACCAGUUAGCAAAAAAUUCACUGGUAUUUUUCCACCACUGUCGAGUCUGGUUAUUUUCUUGAUGUUAACAAUGAGGAAAAUAAUUCAGCUCGUAUCUGGUGCAGCCAAACCCGAUGUACAUCUCUAGCAGCAUUAAAAGACUGUGGAUGCAUGAUUAAUUUUUUAAACAACUUCACUGCCUAAAAGGCACCACUAGAUGAUUCGAAUGGGCCGGUUACCAAGAAAAAAAGAAAAAAAAAAAAAAAAAAGAGAAUCUCUGCAUCCAUUGGAGUAACAGAGUGAAGAAUUGAUAUGACAGACCUGAUCCCGUUGGAUUUUCUCAGGCUGGAUGCUGGCAGAUUCCAAAGAAAAAAAGGCAUUUAGGCUGAGAAAACACAGCAGGAUCCGGUCUGGAACGGUAGCUUCAGCUGCCUUCUCGAAUAUUUUCCGCUAUAGCACAGUGGAGCAUUCUCCAGUAAUUUUUACAAAUCUUUGUUACAUGUACAGCACACAUACCUGCAUGAGAAAGAAGGCGUUAGGCAAAACAUUUUUUUCUAUAAGCUUUAAUGAGUUUCUUGUUUGUGUGCAUUAAAGUAUUAAUUGCAGAGGAUGCACUGAGAUGUAUAAACCUAGAUUAGACAGCUCUUUAUCUUUAUUCUGUAGUAGCAUUAGGGAUCAGAUCAUUUAACUGCUUGAAGAUAUUUGCAUUUUAAUGGCAGGUAGCUGCGAAGCAUCUACAUAUAUUUUCUAGUAAACAAGGUUACUGCUUUAUCAUUUCCUAGAUGAAAAAAAAAAAAAAAAAAG